AAUACUUGAUUUUAUAAAUCAGAUCCAUAAUAUUUUUGCCGGCUCUGCGAAAUAAAGGAAGGAAAGCAAAGUGCAAGUACUGAUUAUACAGCCUUAUCGAACGAUUGUUUGAGGAGCGCAGCCGAACAACGAACAAUGAAAACCGCAACUCAUUGCGCAUUUCUAAUUAUCGCGGUGAUAGCCGCGGUAUCUGGUGCGGAGGAACGCCCCUACAGACGGAGCUUCAUCAACCCAUAUCCGAGAUAUGCAUUCUUUGACGACGGAGUCGAUCCUGGGGAGCCUUUGUUCCUAACUCCAUUGAUCAACAAUGCCUCAAUGUCCAACGAAAAGGUUAAGCAGCUGGCUCGGGUCGAGGCAUCGCAGUUUCAUGGCGUGGAGAGCUACUCCGGUUACUUGACGGUGGAUCCCAACUUUAACUCCAACAUGUUCUUUUGGUAUUUCCCCGCCGAGCAGGACCCAGACUUUGCUCCUGUUGUUUUGUGGCUGCAGGGUGGUCCUGGUGCCUCGUCCUUGUUUGGUUUGUUUACCGAAAACGGCCCUAUUCAACUAGAUGCUCAUGGGAAGCCCCAGAAACGUGACAUCACAUGGAGCAAGACCCACAAUCUGAUAUACAUUGACAAUCCCGUGGGCACUGGUUUCAGCUUUACCGAAAAAGACGAGGGCUAUGCCAAGAAUGAAAAGGAUGUGGGCCGCAAUCUUCAUGAGGCUGUAAUGCAGCUGUACGAGCUGUUUGAGUGGAGUAACUCUUCGGGUUUCUGGGUUACAGGAGAAUCCUACGCGGGCAAAUAUGUUCCCGCUCUGGCCUAUCAUAUCCACAAAGUUCAGAAUGCCAUAGAAACGCGCGUGUAUAUUCCUCUCAAGGGCGUAGCCAUUGGAAAUGGCCUCUCGGAUCCACUGCACCAGCUCAAGUACGGUGACUAUCUGUAUCAGUUGGGUCUGAUUGAUGAGCACGGGCUGCAGAGCUUCCACGAAGCGGAGGCUAAAGGAGCAGCUUGUAUCGAGAAUCGGGAUAUGGAAUGCGCCUUUGACGUGUUUGACUCGCUAAUCAACGGAGACCUCACAAACGGCUCCUUGUUCAGCAAUCUCACGGGCUACAACUGGUACUACAACUAUCUGAAGACCCAUGACGAUGACGGCGCCAAUCUGGGAAAUUUCCUUCAGGCUGGUGCCACACGACGGGCGAUUCAUGUGGGUAACAAGCCGUUCCACGACCUGGACAAGGAGAACAAGGUGGAGCUGCAUCUGAAAAAGGAUGUGAUGGACAGUGUGGCGCCUUGGAUAGCUGAACUACUUUCAUACUACACUGUGUGCAUUUAUAGCGGCCAGUUGGACAUCAUUGUGGCUUAUCCACUGACCAGGAACUACCUUAAUCAUCUGAAGUUCGAGGGCUCCGACAAAUACAAGGUGGCUCCUCGCGAGAUCUGGAGGGUUGAUGGCGAGGUGGCUGGGUAUGCUAAGCAUGCCGGCCACCUUGUGGAGAUCAUGGUCCGAAAUGCAGGCCAUAUGGCUCCCCACGAUCAACCGAAGUGGCUUUACUGGAUGAUCGACCAUCUCACCCACUACAAGCACUAAGAUUCUUGUUCUUAAUGUAGUCUUAACAAUUGGCCUUGUUUUUGGAGUUACUUUGUAAAA